CUUCAAUCUAUUUUUUGACGGUUAGAAAUGAGACGAGCAAGCUCGGGCCUACCGAUGACACGCGCGCCGACGCCAACGAGUCGCGUGCUGCCGUCGCCUCUAGACAAGCGAAGCGAUGCGGACGAGAAGCCGCAGUCCACGCUGCCGUAUCUCAAACCGCCCCACCCCGAGCGCCGUCCGUAGAUGCCGCCAUGCUCUCCGUCUUCAAGUCGGACUGCGUCCUUCUCCAAUCCAAAAUGGUGGGUGGUGAUCGCGAUGAGCGAGCUCCAGCAACGAUUGAAGCCGAGUUCAAACUCGUUCUUCAACAGGCAACCGACAUUGGUGGGCUCCUCGCAAGGGAAAAUACGCAACGGUUGACGAAGCACUGCGCAUCUCGACACUCAAGCUUGGGCUGCGCGAACUCCUCGACCGCAAGAUGCAGACCCUCGAAAAACAAGUGCUCCAGCAAACCGAGUUGGGCCCAGCCUCCGAGAUACCAGCGUCGUUGUCUCGACUUCCGUCCUUCCUCGCUCUUAUUGACAGAACAUUGCAGCUGCACCGAUCCAACUCAUCGUCCACCAAGGGCGCUCGCCUUUUCGCCCCGGAAUGCAAAUCCGCGCCCGUCGAUAACCAGAGACCGGCGGAUGCAGCCAAAGUCGAGGCAGACAUCCAGGCAUUGACAAGGCAAAUCGAUACGCUGCAAAGUCAGAACAAGCUGCGCAGGCCAAUUACGCCCGCCAAGAGGCAGCGUGGCGCCAUGAGCGCGGGCUCCUGGAGCUGCGCUGCCAGCAACAAAAGACAUGCUCGUGCAGCUCACAGAGGCCGUCGACUUGCACAGCAGUCAAUCCAAUCUGCUGCGACGCGAGUGCCAGAGCCGAGCCGAGACCCUUGACGAGCUCUCACGCCAA